AUGUCAAAAGUUAAAGAAUUUGGGAGAGAAACAGAAUUUCAUGACCUUACAAUAAUUGGAGAAAAAAACGCAGACGAUCUUCCAAAUGGCGAAUUAUGGAACGAAGGAUCGAAUGGGCACCAAAGUGAAAUAUCAAUCAACAUUAUCGAUGAGACCGGAAAUAAUCUUCAUCACGAAGAAAUACAAUUAUGCAUAUCUGGUGCGGAGAGAAAUGGUAAAAGCCUUAGAAUAGAUCAAACGAAAUUUAAAAACGAACGAGAUGAUUAUGAAAUUGUGGCACCAAGCAGCGUAAAUAGAAAAGCUGAGGGAAAAGACUUUUAUAGGCAAAGUAAUGAAAAUUUAAAGUCGCAUGAAACAAAUUGUAACUAUACCAUAGACAGUGGAACAACAUUGGCAACAGAGAGCGAGGAUAUAGAGGUAGAAGAAACUGAAUUUCGAAAGGAAGUCAUUACACAUAAGAAAAGGGUUGUUAAUUCACGUGCUGGCAAUCAUGACGAAAUCCAUUUCAUAGAAUCUAUUCCAAUAAAAGAAAACGAAUUAGAGGUUUCAACUAGUCGGCAUAAAAAUGGUUUUGUUGGUGAAUCAGAUUUAAAUAAAACUGAUAUUAGUAACACUGACAAUGAAACCAUGUGGUACAAAUUCAUGCAGAAAUUUAAGUCUGAUAGCCCAGAAACAAAGUAUACGAUAGAUGAGAAUGUUGCAUCACAACCUGACAAAACGAAAACACCGAUCACAUGGAAGAAGAAAUUAGUAUACGGAUUGCUGUUUGUGGGUGUUGCCAUUUUGGCUGUCAUUUUAAUCGUCAUUGCUGUGUCAACUUCCAGUAACAAUGAUGACACUGAACCAGACUUGAAAACACAAACGACUGCAUACGUUCAUGCUUUACUUGACUUGACGGUUAACGAUACGUAUACAACGGAUAUGGGAAACAGUUUAUCCUACAAAUAUAAACGUUUUGCCUCGGACUUUUGUGCUGAGAUUGAUAAGGUGUUAAAUAAUGACACUGGUGGCUUUGGUGAUAAUUAUAUUGGAUGCAUGGUAUUAGCUCUAAAUUCAGGAAGCAUCAAAGUAUCAUUUACUGUAUAUUGUGUAGACAUAUCAGAAUCAGACAUGUUAAAUCAAUCUGUAAAAUAUAUUAAGGAUAAUAUACUUAGAAGUGGAAAUCUGAUGCUAGGAGGUUUUCAGGUUUUAUUGCACAGCUUUGAAACCAUUCAAGUGUCAACUAUACAUUUACAUGAACCACCAGAACUUCAGGAAUUAUUUACAUCAACUACAAACUCAAAGGUUACAACAACACCUCACACAACAGCUAAAAAAUUGUCUACCUUAACGUCAAAGCCUUUUACAUCGCAAAAUGUUACCACCAGUACUUUACCAGAUACAAGUACCACAUCUCUUACUGUAACAGCGCCCUUUGCUAGCACAUCUUCCAAAGUGUCUUCUACUUCUGAAUUGAUAUCAUCCACCGAGGACACUUUGUUGGUAACAACGAAAACAUUAACAACCACGAAAUAUAUUACAAGUUCAGUAACGCCAUCGCAAUCAUCCAAUGUCCAGUCAAGUUCGACGCUUAUAGAAACGACAGAAGACGUUCAACAAACAGUUUCUAGUAUAAAAUCUCCGACAAUAGGCGCAACUGUUGUUUCAAACAGUGCAACAACACAUGAAAACGAUAUGACCACUGUUGAGGAAAUAACGACCCAAUCAGUAGUAUCAUUUGCUGCAUCAAGUGGCAAAAUUCCGGCUUUCGUUCAAACCACAGAACAAUCCAACCAAGCAAAUGGUAACUGGGGGAGCUGGUCUUUCUGGGCUGGGUGUGCAGAAACAUGUGGUACAUCUCUUCGACAGAGAACUAGAGUGUGUAAUGAUCCAAAGCAAAUAAACGGUGGAACUCCGUGCCACGGAAAUAGUACUGAGCAUAAACCAUGUGUCCUUGAAAACUGUCCAGUUGAUGGUAUGUGGACACAGUGGUCUCCCUGGAGUGCAUGCAAUGUAACAUGCGAUGGAGGACUAAGACAUACACAAAGAACAUGUACAAAUCCUGCACCAAAAUUUGGAGGAGAGGAAUGUGCUGGAGAAUAUACUAUGUUUGAUUCAUGCAGUGAAAUGGCAUGUCCAAUCGAUGGAUCGUGGUCAGAAUGGAGUUUGUGGUCCACCUGUGAUGUCACUUGUGGCAAUGGAAGUGUGUCUAGAUCAAGAUCUUGUUCACGUCUCCAACUUGAGGGAGAAGACUGCGACGGAAACACAACUGAUAUUGGUAUAUGUGAAAACCCACCAUGUCCUAUCGAUGGUAAUUGGUCUACUUGGUUGACAUGGGGAGAGUGCAGUUUAUCUUGUGGAGAUGGUGGUAGUCGACAACGAAAUAGAACGUGUAGUGAUCCAGUUCCUAUGUUUGGUGGUAUUGAAUGCAACGGUGACGGGACAACUACUGGUCCAUGUCAAGACAAUCCAUGCCCUAUAAACGGAGCCUGGGGCGAUUGGAAUCCAUGGGAGAAAUGUAGUAAGACAUGUGGAAGUGGAACAAAAAGCAGAUCCCGAGAAUGUAGCGAUCCUCUUCCUCAACACGGAGGCAACUUCUGCGACGGCUUUCCGAAAGUUUACACAGGAUGUGAAGAGGAGAAAUGUCAUGUUAUAGGAUAUUGGUCUCCAUGGGGAACUUGGGAUGCAUGCAGCGUAACGUGUGGCGAAGGAGUCAGUUUUAAACGGAGGAUCUGCUUUGGCCAAAGUGUUAAUGAUGAUGAGCAGGUUAUAUGUAUAGGAGAUGGAACCGAAAAUAAAACUUGCCAGAAUGAUCCUUGCCCAGUUGAUGGUGGUUGGUCAAACUGGAAUGAAUGGGAUAAGUGCAGUCUGCCAUGCGGAGGAGGAAUCCGAACAAGGAAUCGUAGCUGUAAUGAUCCAGUCCCACAGCACAGGGGAAAGCUUUGUGACGGUAACGAAACAGAACAUCUGCAAUGCAAUAACCAAAACUGUCCAGGUGGCAGUUGUACAGAUGCAACAGCAUAUUUUUAUGACGAAAACAUUAGUAUAUCAUGUAUAAUUACUGGAAUGUUGAAUCCCAUGUCAAUUAUUAUUGCGAGAAACGGACAAAACAUAGCAGCAAUCAACGAAAACAGAGAAGUCCAAUAUAUAUCACCAUCAACUAAUUUUAGCAUAGUUAUUAAACAGGCUGAGAAUAUAACUUUAUCGUUGUUGUUUGAAAAUGUCACAUGCGAAGAUGAUGGUCUAUAUGGAGUGCAUGUCAACAGUACAGCCUUUAAAGCGGUCAAUAUCACUGGAUCUCUUAUGAUUAUAGAUAGACCAACCGUUCCUGUAUUCUUUGUAAAUCCUGACCAGUUUGCCGGACUACCAUAUAGACAAUCUGACUAUGAACAUCAAUGUUCUGGAAACAUUGGACUACCAGCUGGAGAUCUGAUUAUAGAAAUGAAAUUGAAUAACUCAGAUUUUUCCUUAGUGCCGCCUGAAGUUCUGGUUAUUGUACAAAAUUCUAGUUAUACACAAGGUUGUAGUAAUUUUCAGAUAUUGAGAUUUACUAUGAAUUUUACAUCAGCUAUGAAUAAAGCUGUUAUAAGAUGUCGUGUGCAAAACGACUUUAUUUUUGGAGGAGCAAUAAUUGGAUCAGAAGUGGAUUUAUCAACUUUCUCAAAAGAUACAUGUUAUGAUGUUAAUGUCCAUAUACAUAACGCUGCAACGAUGAUGUGCACUUUAAACAGAACAAAAAAAUAUGAAGAGAUCAUGAUUGUAAAAAUCAAAGAUGGUGUCAGCGUAAAUAUAUCUAGGAUUAGUAAAAAUGGAGAUAUAACAUACUUCCAAGAUCAUUUGAACAUACAAAUACGUGUUAUUACGAGUUUCGUCGUUUCUAUUGAUUUUUUAAACACUACUUGUGCCGAUGAAGGAGACUAUGUGUUACAAAUAAGUAAUGGAACAAGAGUUACAGCCAUGGUGACAGGAUUAUUACAGCCAAUCAGUGAUCCAGGGAAGCCUUCUUUAUUCUUGAAUCCUGCUGUUGUUGUAGAAUCUGGCUCUGAUAAUGAAGCUCAUAAUUGCUAUGGCAAUGUUGGAUACCCUACGGGGGAACUUCGUAUCGAUAUUUUAAUAGAUAUUCCCGGAAAAGAUGAAAAGCAGUUUUUCCAAAUACCGGAUGAAGUCGUCACUAGAUUGAGUGACAUUAGAACUAAUCAGAAUUGCCAUGGAUUCCAAAAUAUUACAUUCCUACUAAAUGUAGAUAGUCAGCAAAAUAAUCAAACCUUAAGAUGCAGAGUAGAAAACAAAUAUCAAUCGGAUGUGAUUUCUUAUACAGAUGGACAUGUCGUAAGAGUUAUCCCAAAAGACAUAUGCAAGUGCAAUACUAUUCAGUCCGGUAUACGUCGGGGACAUCCUGGGCGAUGUGAUUACUAUGUUGAAUGUGUUAAUAUGACAGUUCCAGUAGGAAAACAAUGCCAAGCAAACCAAUGUAGAAACAGUUCGACCGGAAUCUGUUCCGAUGACUGCUCUGAGAACGUAUGCAACGAAACAGUUCCUGCAGAUUUUUGUGGUGCUGUUUCCAUUCCAUCUAUAAAUAUGACAAGUACUGUUGUUCCUAGUAUUUCACCUAUAGUGUGCACGAAUACGUCGAUUUUCUUGAAUACUGGUCCCGCAACAAUACUGUGCUUUUUGAAUGAAAUAAGUUUCAAUUCAAUAACUAUAAAUAAGGGUUCUCGGACUGAGGGAACAAAAACGAUAGGAUUCAUCAGCAGUGAUGGUUCUGUCAACAUGCUGCCAGUAGAGGAACUAUUCAACAUGACAAUAAACUUUGACGGAAGCAAACUAACUAUUACCCUGAUAUUAGCGACUUGUGAUUCAGAGGGACUUUACUCAGUUGUCGUUAAUACCAAUGAACAAAUAUAUACUGCACAUGGAAACGUAACAAUAUUACGCAAACCAUCAAUUCCAAAUUUAGAAAUGAACAAAGAUCAGGUGAUAAAUCUUGGAUAUUACAGACCCGGAUUUGAACACGUAUGCAGUGGUGACGUUGGGGAACCUCCCGGGAAUCUAAUUUUAGAAAUACAACACACUGACUCGACUUUUUUCGAACCGUUACAAGAUCAAUUCAUUAAAAUCAUAUUUACAAAUAUUGAACGAGAACAUUGCUAUAACAAUACAAUGACAGUCGUCUUUGGCAUGCUGUUUUAUUCUGAAAUGAUCAAUGGUAAAAUACGAUGUCGAGUGGACAAUUCCGUUUCUUUGGGAACCAAUGAAAUUUUUGCAGAUACAGAAGAUUUACAACUUAUUCCAGAAGAAAUUUGCAAUUGCAAUACUGAUGAUGGUGCAAAAAGGGGACACCCAACAGUUUGUGACGUUUUUGUGCAGUGUACUAAUUUCACAGUACCUCAAGGGUUACCAUGUCCUUCUCUAAACUGUAGAAAUAGUAUAACGGGUGAAUGUGGAACGGACUGCUCUGUGAAAACAUGCAGUGAGCCAGUCCCAAAAGGUUCUGUGUGA